AAAGCAUUAUUAAGAAAAUAAAAAGAAAAAGGAAAAAACCGACUUCCAUUCUUAAUAUUAUACAUAACUUCCCUUUGUCAUUCUCUGUAGCAUCAACAGGUGAGGGAAAAAAGAGAAGGAUCUGAUGUACCUGCCGGUUGAUCUUAAUUAUACACAAGAUCAUGAUGGCCCUUGAAAAUAAAGAAACUAUGCAGAACUGCGAGGCAACCUUAAAAUGCCUCCAGACGAAGGGGUUCCCGUACAACCUGCAAUGUACUGGGAACUCAAUUGAAGGCCGUCCAGAGCUUAAAGAUGAAAUUUGUACUCACCCAGGUGGGGAUGUUGUAGAACGUGUUUGCUCUUUAAAUGGGCAGUUUAUGGAAUACCACAAACCUACCCUUCGGCAUGAGUCUGGCUCUUGGUCGACCUUCUAUCCUGACACCCACAAGUUGCAGCCAUACCCACCAAAUGCUUUUGGGGGGCAGUUUUACCACUUUCCCAUGGAUAACCGAUUUCAUUAUGCCCCAUUCAAUAUGGUCACACAUGGAUACCCGUAUGAAUUCCAGUUCCAAGACUUUCAGUACUUUGUGGUAAUUGACUUUGAGGCUACCUGUGACAAGGAGAGAAAUCCUCAUCCACAAGAGAUAAUUGAGUUCCCGUCUGUCAUUGUGAGUAGUGUUACUGGCCAGCUGGAAGCAUGUUUUCAGACAUAUGUACGGCCAACUUGCAAUCAGCUCCUGAGUGAUUUCUGCAAAGAUUUGACUGGCAUCCAGCAAAUUCAGGUAGAUAGAGGUGUUACUCUGAGUGAGGCUCUCCUUAGGCAUGAUAAAUGGCUUGAGAAGAAAGGCAUAAAGAACACAAAUUUUGCUGUGGUGACAUGGUCAAACUGGGAUUGUCGAGUAAUGCUGGAAUCUGAGUGCCAGUUUAAGAAGAUCCGGAAGCCUCCUUAUUUUAACCGGUGGAUAAACUUAAAAGUUCCGUUCCGUGAGGUUUUCGGUGGUGUGAGGUGCAAUCUGAAGGAGGCAGUCGAGAUGGCAGGCCUGGUAUGGCAGGGGCGUGCACAUUGUGGUCUUGAUGAUGCCAAAAACACAGCUCGCUUGCUUGCCCUCUUGAUGCGCCAGGGUUUUAAGUUUGCUAUCACAAACUCACUGAUGUGGCAGGCUAGCGAUGGUCCAGUGACAUGGAAUCCGAUCCCUGAGAACACGGGUUUCUCUCUGCAUCACCCCCACAAGCUAAAAGAUCAACAAAUGCCCCUAUUCCAGUACCACCCUUAUUGUUUCUGUGGCGUUAAGAGCAGCAAAGGAAUGGUUCGGAAACCUGGGCCAAAGCAAGGAAGCGUCUUCUUUGGCUGUGGGAACUGGACUGUCACCAGAGGCGCUCGCUGCCAUUACUUCGAGUGGGCUUCUCCCUAACUCGAAAAAUCGCAAAAGGGCUUGUCCAUCUUUCUUGAUGGCAUCUUAAACCCUACUUAGGUGUCAUGUAAGAAAAUGAAAAAUAGAAAAAAAAAAAAAAUGAGAGUAUUAAAAGCAAUGGUAAUGGGUUGUCUCCUCGUUGAAGCACAUAUACCUUAAGUUGCUUAACUGCUUGCUGAUGCUUCUUGUUGUUGGAAAACACCGUAGUAGUGAUCGGCUUAGGACCGUGUACGAAAGUAAACAUUGGGUCUUCUGAUGAAUCGAAGCUUCAAACAUGUAAAGCUGACUUGUUUGACAGGAGAACAAAUCGGUAAUGUGAGGAUUUGGCUUAGUUAGGAUUGAUGCAUUUACAUGCUUAAAAAACAUGCUAAAUUAUCAUAUAAUAAUCUUAUGAGAUAGAGACAGCUUGAUUUCCUAUGCUUUUCUAA